AUGCUCGUGACCGUAACAUUGUUUACUCUGCUCACACUGGCAGCGGGCCAAGCGGCCCACAAAGAUCCACACUUCGUGCCUGGCCAUGACGCUAUGGUGCAUCUGUUCGAAUGGAAAUGGAACGACAUUGCGAACGAGUGUGAACACUUCCUUGGACCGAAUGGAUUUGGUGGUGUUCAGGUGUCACCCAUACAAGAGAACCUGGUGAUCAGCAACAGGCCGUGGUGGGAACGUUAUCAGCCAAUUUCCUACAUGUGGUACACGCGAUCAGGCACACCGGAAGAGUUCACCAAAAUGGUGGCAAGAUGCAACAGAGCAGGCGUCCGAAUAUACGUCGAUGCUAUUUUGAAUCACAUGUCUGGCAACUGGCAGAAUGCAUACGGAGUCGCAAAUUCCAAAGCGAACACGUACGCAUUAGAAUAUUACGCAGUGCCUUACACUGCUAAAGAUUUCCAUUCCAUAUGUGCGGUAACAAACUAUCAAGACCCCGUAAACGUACGAAAUUGCGAGUUGACCGGUCUCCAUGACUUGGACCAAAACAAGGAAUACGUUAGACAGAAGAUGGUAGAUUUCCUGAACGGAGUGAUCGAUGCUGGUGUGGCUGGCUUCCGAAUUGACGCCGCUAAACACAUGUGGCCAAGUGACCUGAACGUCAUUUACUCAAGACUGAAGAACCUUAACAUGGAACACGGUUUCCCCGCGAAUGCUAGACCAUACAUAUACCAAGAAGUGAUCGAUAAUGGAAACGAACCGAUUUCUAAGCGCGAGUACAAUCAAAUGGCCGCCGUGAUCGAGUUCGGUUACGCCCGUGAAAUUGGCAACUCUUUCCAAGGCCACAAUCUUCUGAAAUGGUUCGUUAACUGGGGAGAGAAAUGGAAUCUGUUGCCAUCGGGUGAUGCUCUCGUUUUCGUUGAUAAUCAUGACACACAACGUGACGGUGCUUCAGUGCUCACCUACAAAUCGUCCAAACUGUACAAGAUGGCUGUCGCCUUCAUGUUAUCCCAUCCAUACGGUACACCAAGAGUGAUGAGCUCGUACGAUUUCCACAGUAGGGACCAAGGACCUCCACAGGACGGCCAACACAAUAUCAGGUCGCCUGUAAUACUCUCAGACAAUUCAUGCGGCGGUGGUUGGAUCUGUGAGCACCGUUGGAGACAAAUCUACAACAUGGUACGCUUCCGUAACACGGUUAAGGGUGCUGGCGUGAACAACUGGUGGGACAAUGGAAGCAACCAGAUCGCUUUCUGCCGAGGAAACCGUGGAUAUGUGGCGUUUAACGGCGACCAACAGGAUCUGAAAGCAACCCUCAAGACUUGCUUGCCAGCUGGUCGGUACUGUGACGUGAUUUCCGGUAGCUUGCAGAAUAGAAGUUGCACUGGAAAGGUUGUCAACGUUCAACAGAACGGAAAUGCUUACAUCGAGAUCACGAAGGGAGAAGAUGAUGGAGUCCUCGCUAUUCAUGUUGGGGCUAAACUGUGAUGAAAACGGUCGACGAAUAUGGAACACAAACACAAGGAUGACAAUGAGAAAGUAACCAGAACAC